AUGGACAUUGUGCUCUGGAAGAAACUACCUGACGAUGUCAUAGAGAUGAUUGUGCCACACCUGAGCGUACGUGAUCGUAUACGAUUAAGCAGUGUUUGCAAGCUUUGGAGCUCAGUUCCUAUGCGCACCGACAUCCUAGUGCUCAACAUCAGCUUCCCUGGUAAAGUUGGCAAGUUGGACCUGCCUGAACCAGUUCAAGGAGGGUGGUUUCAAGGAUCAUCAAAAGGUUGGAUGAUUAUGAUCAAGGAAAAGGAUCUGGAUUCUACAAUGUUUCUUGUGAAUCCAAUUUCAGGAGCCCAGCACCAACUUCCACCUUUGAGCACGACUCCAUCUUUCCAGAGCUUUGUAGACACAACCGCAUGGAAACGCUAUGGUGCUUCUGCUUUCUGGUAUAGCGUUGUGUUAUCUACCUCAGAUAUUAAUUCAGAUCAAUUUAUGGUUGCAGCAACUUUUGGAGAUACACUGUGUUUGUGUAGACUGGGGGACACGAGGUGGAGGUUCAUCGAGGUGUUAGAUGAAAACGAGGGCAUUACAGAUUUAUUGUUUUCUUCUGGGAAGCUCUACGCCUUGCUUGUUAGUGAUAAUAAGAUUGGCGUCAUCUCAGCUCCUCGCACCUUAAAAUGUGGAAAUCAUGUAUUGGAAUUGCAGCUGGUCUAUGACAAAAAACCAAGAACCAAUGACAGCAUGGAAGAAUAUGCUGACUAUCUAGUCCAAUUACAAGGGACAGUGGAGAAUGUUGAAGGCAGUGAUGAUGAUGAUGACGACAACGAAGAUGACAACUUGGAAGGUAAUGAGGAGGGAGGAGAAGAGGUUGAUGAUAUGGGUUUUGGCAUCUGUACUAUUGAUGAAGAUAAUCAUGACCUUAAGCUUUAA